AUGACCAUCGGGAACCCGUACUUGGUCGAGUUUGAAGAGCUGCCUGUGUGGGCGCAGGACAAUGCGUAUCUGAGGCGCGGAUACCGUCGCCCUGGCGACGCACCACCGCGCGUGCCCGAAAAAGCGCCGCCUGUGCCGGAAAAAGACUCGGGCCUGCGCCGGCGCACGACCGCCGCGGCGUCCGCUGCGCCUGCCGCGGCGCCUGACACGGAGCCGACGUACCGCCACGAUACGUACUACCAGUGCUGGAGGAGUGUGUGGGACUACUGGCACAACGAGACCGUCAACAUUCACACGCACAUGAUCGGCGCGGUGAUUGCCGUGUUCCUCCUUGUGCUGCAGCUGGUCGAUCUGAGCGGCCUGCUGCCUCAUGGACCCUGGGCACCCUACUCGCUUCUCACGUUCCCCGUCCACACCAACGUCCUCCCGUCGACGGUUUCCGAAGACCUCGUCAUGCGGCAGAGCCAGACAAUGAUCCCGCCCGAUGCCGCGGACCAGGUCGUGCUGACGAUCUUUUUGGUGUCGGCGAUCAUCUGCCUGACGUGCAGUGCGACGUUCCACACGCUCGCGUGCCACUCGCAGCCGGUCGCCAAGAGCAUCAACCGCCUGGACUAUGUGGGCAUUGUCGUGCUAAUUGUCGGGAGCAACAUCCCUGCGCUGCGCUACGGCCUCUAUUGCCAUCCCAACGUGCACCACUUCUACCUCUCCAUGAUCCUGCUGUGGGGCAUGCUCGCGAUGUACACCGUCGUCCAGCCCAAGUACGCCACGCCCAAGUUCCGCCCAGUGCGUGCCGGAGUCUUUGUCGCGCUGGGCCUGAGCGGCGUUGCGCCGAUCCUCCACGGCGUGUACCUCAGUGGGCGCAGUGAGUUUGUCUUUUCGACCCUUGGCUACAAGUAUGUGGUAUGGAGUGGCGCGAUGUACAUCUUUGGCACGCUGCUGUACGUGGCGCACAUUCCCGAGCGCUUUGCGCCCGGGACGUUUGACUACAUCGGCGCCUCGCACCAGCUCUUCCACACGUGCGUGCUGAUCGCGGCGAUGCUGCACCUCGCCGCACUGCGCCACAGCUACAUCUUCUGGCACGCGGUGGAGACGACGACCGGCGACGUUGGUCGCGAGGCCGUGUGCCGCGCACUGACCAACUGGCCAUAG